AUGCCGGUCGUUCCAGUUAGAGUUGAAGCGAAAGAUUCAAAUCGAACAGUAGAAACGUAUGCGUUCCUUGAUGGAGGCUCCAGCACGUCGUUCGUCGCGGAAUAUUUGUUGAAGAAGCUCGGUGCUAAAGGUUAUCAAACUAUACUUUCCUUGACAAUCAUGGAAAAAGAAAGAAGUAACCUAAGAAGUCCGAUUGCCAGUCUCGAAAGAAGUGAUCUGGAUGGUCCAUUAUACAGUAAAUCUCCCUUCAGUGUAUUCCGUUAUGAAGCUGCCAGUGUCAAAAGAAGAUAUUCCACGUCAAACCGACGUAAAUCGUUGGCCUCAUCUCCAAGGUAUCACGAUGACAAAAAUUGA